CGCAACGUUGGAGUCAGUCUAGCAGUUCGAAGUGGAUAACAUUUACACCCUAUCUGAUUCACAAAAAAAGCAGGGGCGAUAAUGGCGACGCUGGGACCGGACACUCGUCCCCAUGCCCAGCUCGCCUCUGGAUCAGCUCAAAGUAACGUUACCAGUUUGGGCUCGCACAACAUCAUGCCCCUCAAUCGGGGGCUUGAACGGGCUCUGGAAGAAGCGGCGAACUCAGGCUUUUUAAACCUCAGCGCCAGAAAAUUAAAAGAGUUUCCAAGGACAGCUGUGAAUCACGAUUUGACGGAUACAGUGGAAGCAGACCUGUCCAAGAACCGUCUGACAGACAUCCCCUCUGAGGUGUGCCACUUCGUUGCCCUGGAAACCCUGAACCUCUACCACAACUGUAUUAAAACCAUUCCAGAUACCAUCAUCAGCCUACAGACACUCACCUCCUUAGAUCUAAGCCGAAACCAGCUCUCCUCCCUGCCCAUGUGCCUGUGUAGUCUCCCCCUGCGUGUCCUCAACGCCAGCAACAACAAGCUGGGGGCUCUUCCUGAAGCCAUCAGCCAGCUGAAGGACCUGAUGGAGCUGGAUGUGAGCUGUAAUGAGAUCACCGCCCUGCCUCGGCACAUCGGCAGACUGAAGAUGCUGCGGGAGCUCAAUGUGAGGAGGAACUUCCUGUCUGCACUACCAGAGGACCUGGCGGAGCUGCCCUUGGUGAAGCUGGAUGUCUCCUGCAACAAGCUGUCCAGCAUCCCCAUCUGCUACAGGAAGAUGACGCAGCUGCAGUCUCUGCGUCUGGAGAACAACCCCCUGCAGAGCCCGCCUGCGCAGAUCUGCAUGAAGGGGAGGGUGCACAUAUUCAAGUACCUGACGAUGGAGGCGUGUCGGAGCGACAGCCUGCCUGUGAUGGACCGACUGUCCCACCCAUCCACUGGCAGCACCGAGGACAUUGACCAGAGUAAGAAACAGGACUCAGACUCUGGAGUUGGCAGUGACAAUGGGGACAAAAGGCUUUCAGCCACUGAGCCCUCUGACGAGGACAGUCUGAGUCUGACCGUCCCCAUGUCCCACAUCAUGGAGGAGGAGGGCCUGACCAAGGACGACUCCACUGACCACAUCAGCGCCUUGGCAGCGGACCCCCAGCCAGACGGUGACGGGGCUGAGGGAUGGAAAGGGCAGUUCGGUGCCAGAGACUCGGCGCUGAGCUCUCAGUUUGUCAGCUACAUCAAGGGUCGAGCGACCGACUUCGACGAGCCCCUCAGGAUAGAGGAAGACACAGGCUGGGCCUCUGAACAGAAGUCAAAGGUCACCAAGGGCUCAGAGCUCCGUAUUGACAUGAUCAACCAGCUGAGGGAAGCGGUGGAGAUGCUCCAGGACCCUGACAGAGUGAACUUGGCGCCGGCGGAACUUUCCGGAGUGCAGCUGUACCCAGUGGACAUGGUUAUGGCGGAGGGGUCUCUGAAUGGCCAGGACUGUGUUGAUGGGCAAACCAUCCCCAAGAGUGAAAAUUCUGAUGGAGGCCUUGAGUUUCAGAAGAAAAGGGACUUGAUUCUAGAGAGGGCCAGACUUGAGGCCCAGCUUGCAUGCCAGCAGUAUGCGAGAGAAGCAUCAAUCCAGAGUAAUACGAGUAGCUCAGGAGCACCAACAGAGGGGUUCAAGGACCGCGUCAAAGGGGGAGAAGACAGAAGCCCGGCCUUGAACUCGCCCCCCUUCGGCCUGAAGCCUCGAUCGGUCUUUCUGAGGAACUCUAAGAGCGCCGAGUCGGUGGACCCGCAGUUCACCAUGCGCCGCAAGAUGGAGCAGCUCAGAGAGGAGCUGGAGCUGAUGAAUCAGCUGAGGGAGAACAUCGAGAGCAGGCUGAAGGUGACGCUGCCCGAGGACCUGGGAGGGUCCCUCAUGGAUGGGGUGGUGCUGUGCCACCUGGCCAAUCACAUCCGCCCGCGCUCCGUCGCCAGUAUCCACGUGCCCUCACCCGCUGUGCCCAAAUUAAGCAUGGCCAAGUGCCGGAGAAAUGUGGAGAACUUCCUGGAUGCCUGCAGGAAAAUGGGCGUUCCUGAGCCCGCCCUCUGCUCCGCGUACGACAUCCUGCAGUCAGACCUGCGGCCCGUUCAGAGCACCGUCCGCGCCCUGGUGGCGCUGGAGGCGGACAAGCUGGGCGAGGUCGGGACUGUGACGGCGAGCCCUGCCCCCCAGGCCCUACAGGCCCUGCAGGCCCCGCCUCCUGCCUGGCGCUACUGGGACCUGAUUGGCUGUAGCCUCUUGCACAUUCUCUGUCUGGUUCUGCUGUUUGUGGUGUACAGCCUGAGUGAGCUAACAUAACACGGCUUUUUCCUCUCAGCAUGCGUGUGCCGCCACCUCUCGGAAUCUUCCCUCAGCUGCUCCUCUUCCUCAGCUCCUCCUCUUCCUCCCCUCUGCUGAGGGCUCGCGAGGGCUCCCAAGCACCGUCCCCCGCAAGCACAUGACAUGGUCACAACAUUGCUGGGGCUUCACACAGGUUUUACAAUGUUACGACAAUGUUGGGAGGGUGUCAGGAGUACAUUUGGGAGAGACAGGACUAUAAAAUGCACAGGUACACAGUCACACACACACACACACACACACACACACACACACACACACACACACACGCAUUAUCGAGAGGGACCUUUGUUUUCUCCUUGUCUCCUCAGAGCAGAAUCACUUUCCUCACAACUAAGCCCUGGCCCAGGUAAUCCCGACAGCUGAGGGUUCAGUCUGGUCAACCUGACAGCAGAGGCAACCAUCUUACUGGGCAGUGAACUCAUCCAAUAGAGACAAAUAAAUCAACAUCAUGCUUCUGAAUUCUCCAUGCAUCAGUUUAACAAAUCCCACCACAAGGUAGUUGACACAAAUAGAACAAAAAGCAAAUUGUUUGCUCUUGAUAUCAACAAGCACUAAUGCUACGUGAUCGAAUGGAUAGUUCACAGUAAAGCACAGACAUACAGUGGGUUCACAGCUUUGACAAGCGUAGCACUCAGAGUUAUUAUAAGGUCUUAAUAUUGCACAUCUAAUACCCUCCUUCAUAUCUUUUUAAUAUUAACAUUAGCAUACUAUUAGCAUUCUUGCUGCAGGCUGAUUCUGAGAAU